AUGCUUUUCCGUCUCAAAGCUUCAAAGCCUGUCCUCUGUCUGAAGUUCUAUUCACCUCCACAGACACGAUUAUACAGCACACGAUCAUCCUUCAAUCCACUACGAAUACUCUUCUGCGGUGCAGAUGAGUUCAGCAUUCAUUCGCUUCGCCGCCUCGAUACCCUGCAAAAGUCAAGGCCAGAGUGCAUCAACAGCAUCGAUGUAGUCUGCAGACCCGACAAACCAGUCGGCAGAAGAGGGAAACAGAUCCGUCAAGUUCCCAUCAAAAACACAGCACAAUCUCUCGGACUCCAACUCCAUCAAAUCGACACUUUUACAGAUUGGACCCCACCACCCACAGAUUUGGUUAUAACAGUAUCAUUCGGUCUUCUCGUCCCUGCGAGAAUUCUCAGCGGAGCGAAAUAUGGAGGCGUCAAUGUCCAUCCUUCACUCCUCCCGGAUCUUCGAGGACCGGCGCCCAUUCAACACGCCUUGCUGCAGGAUUACAAACAGACGGGCGUAAGUCUGCAAACUAUGCAUCCCACUCAAUUCGAUCGAGGAGCUAUCCUCUCCCAGCAGAGUAUGCAUGUGCCUGAGAACGCAUCGGUGGAAGGGAUGGUAGAUCUACUUGGCGAGAUGGGUGCGGAGCUGCUAGCUUCUGGGAUCGAAAAUGGACUAUUCAUCGACCCGAAAGAUAUCAGCACUGUACCCGGGAAAAAACUGCGACACGCCCCGAAAAUCACCCCUCUAGACCGUAACAUCGCGGACUGGAAGACCCUGACUGCGGAAGAGAUUCUGCGGCGCGAUCGGGUUCUGGGAAAGUUAUGGGAUGACACGACCUAUGAGCUAUGCUAUGCAAGUGGGCAAAGUAAGCGUGUUACCUUUCAUGAUGGGUGGAGGAGACUAGAUGGAGGAGAAAUUCACAUCGAGCACCGAAUACCAUGGGAAGCAGAUGAUCACGGUGGAGGCGUGGUGAUCUUUCGCAUCCCCAACGUCAAAGGCUCGCAUUUCGCGGUGGAGACAAGAGAGGAUAACGCACUCCUCGCUCCCAAUGCCGCGACGAUCGAAGGCGAGAAGAAGGGAUUCGGACUCCAGGCGUUGACGCGGGCAAUCAAGAUGCGAGAAGUGUGA